CAAAUACCUCAUGGCUGAUGCUUCUAACUAAAUGAAUACAAUUUUCUUAAUUUGUUUCGGAUUGUUUUUAAAUUUCUUGUAAAUAAAUGUAAAUUGUUUUUUUAAUAAAAAAUGCAAUCAAAAAAAUAUGAUAUCAGUGCAAAUAACAGCAACAACAAUAUCAAAGGCGACAUUCAAAGCAUCUCGCUCGAAUGUUUAAAUAAUGAAGUGAUAAGUGAACAUAAAAAGAAAUCUUUGUGGCAGGGUAUCAAACAAAUAUAUUUUGAAUACUGUUCCAAUACCUCUAUACAUGGUGUGCAAUAUUUGGGAGAAGCACGACCAUGGAAGGAAAAGUUUUUCUGGUUAUGCGUUUUUAUUGUGUCUAUAUACUGCUGUUCAAAUCUAAUUGAAAAUAUUUACAUUAAAUGGAAUGAAACUCCGGUAAUUGUAAGUUUUUCGGAAAAAUCUACACCUGUAUGGAGUAUACCAUUUCCCGCGGUAACAAUAUGUUCUGAAACUAAAAGGGUUUUAAAAACAGAAGGUUUAAACUUUGGUGAAAUGCUGGAAAUGUUAAAGUUAAGUGUUCAAGAUAAAAAUGCUUUUAAGCCGAAUUUAAACACCACCGAAGAGCUGCAUGAAUUUUUAACUUUGCUACACAUUUGUAGAACGGAAACAAUUGAUGAAGGGAUACCACGCUUAGUUACGGAACCUAUAGAUUACUUUCAAGUAUUGAGUAGAAUGUUGCCAAGCUUCGAAAGACAUUUCUUUUAUUGCAAGUGGUUUAGUCAUUUUGGCGAGUGUGAUGAACUUUUUACCCCCACUUAUACCGAAGAGGGCAUUUGCUUUACUUUCAAUGGUUUAAAUAGUUCUGAUUUGUAUCGUGAAAAUACUUAUCAAUAUCAAAGAGCCGGUAUAGAAGCAAGAUCCAGUAUUACGCUUAAUCGCACUCUAAGCUGGUCCUUAGAAGAUGGCUACAAUGAGGACUCCACUGUGCGCACUUAUCCGGCAAGAGUUUUAGGUGCUGGCACCAGAGCUGGCCUUUUUGUGGCGUUACAAAGUUUCAAACAAGAAGUGGACUAUGCUUGUCGUGGUCCUAUACAGGGUUUUAAAGUUCUCCUGCACCCACCCAAUGAUGUACCUUUGGUGUCCAAGCAAUUUGUGCGCAUACCCAUGAGCAAAGAAGUUUCUAUAGCAGUUAGGCCAAAUAUGAUUACAACAUCGUCCGGUAUAUCUGAGUAUCAUCCACAUCGGCGUCAAUGCUUUUUAAAUAGUGAACGUCAUUUAAAAUUUUUCAAAAUUUACACACAAAACAAUUGCGAAUUGGAGUGUUUAACUAAUUUUACUUAUAGCAAAUGCGGUUGUGUUAAAUUCUCAAUGCCUCGUACUCUUGAUAUGCCGGUGUGCGGUGAGGAUAAAAUUCAUUGUUACAAUCGUGCCGAAGAUGAUCUUUUAUUCAAGGAGUUUAGUGAAGGUCUUAAAAAUACUGAUUUCAAUUAUAGAGGUGAAACGGAGUGUAAUUGUAUGCCUGCCUGUACAUCUCUAGUCUAUAAUACUGAAAUUUCCCAAGCUAAUUUCGAUUUGGAAGAUAUGCUAAAGGCAGCAGGUGAUAUGGAUUUUUUUGAAGAAUUUCCUGGUUCACAAAUGACACGUUUGGCGAUAUAUUUCAAGGAGAGUCAAUUUAUAACCUCCAAACGUUCUGAACUUUAUGGUGUUACUGAUUUUUUAGCCAAUUGUGGUGGCAUUUUUGGUUUAUUUAUGGGUUUUUCCAUACUAAGUAUGGUCGAAAUGAUGUAUCAUUUUUCGCUGCGUUUAUGGUCGAAUAUGUCAAGGAAUUUAUAAAAAUUUAUUUAUAAGUUUUAUUCGUUUGUUUGUAUAGUAUUCUUUGUAAUUU